UUAUUAAAGAGUCCCCUUUUAUUGACUGUCCUCUCUCUCUCUCUCUUCUUUCUCUUUGUCAUGAACCAGUAAUCUUGUUUCUCUUCAUCUUCCAUUGACGUUUCCUUCUAUCCUCGUUGCCUUCAUUUUUCACUCGCACGCUAAUCUUCGCCUACUUUGUUAGAUUUUCGGUUUUGGGUUUUUGUCUUUUGGUCGAUUUCCCCUGUUCCCAGAAUCUCCGAUUAAGCUGCUUCCUUAAUCUCUUGUCUGAAUAUAAACUUUUUCCGGCGUGUAAUUUAGAUAGGUGGUUAAAAUUACGAGUAGUGAGAGGAGUGUUGUUGCUGUUUUGUUUAUUCGGUAAAACGAAAUCGGAAGUUCUUUGUUGUCGUUUGAUUCCUUUUGAGAAAGAGAGAUGUUGGGAGCUGGAUUUAACUUCACUCAGCUUCAGAGAGCUCAAAUUGACGUCUCUUAUGGCUGCAGAUCGAGUCACACUAAGGAUCGUGAGAACGGCUCUGCAUUGUUGAAACACCAUGUUUCUGAGGCAUCGUCAAGUAAUGUGGAACGGUUUUUGGAUUCGGUGACACCAUCUGUUCCGGCUCACUAUUUAUCUAAGACAAUAGUUAGGGAAAGAGGAGGCAGUGAUGUUGAGUCUCAAGUUCCUUAUUUUCUUCUUGGAGAUGUAUGGGAAUCGUUUGCAGAGUGGAGUGCUUAUGGCAUUGGAGUUCCUCUCACUUUGAAUAACAAUAAAGAUCGUGUCUUUCAAUACUACGUGCCCUCGCUUUCUGGUAUUCAAGUAUACGCUGAUGUUGAUGCUUUAACUUCAUCUCUUCAAGCAAGGCGGCAAGGUGAGGAGAGCGAAAGCGAUUUUAGGGAUUCAAGUAGUGAAGGAAGCAGUAGUGAAUCUGAAAGAGGACUCUGUUAUUCAAAAGAGCAGAUCUCCGCUAGAAUGGACAAACUCUCCUUAAGAAAGGAGCAUCAAGAAGAUUCGUCUAGUGAUGAUGGCGAGCCUUUAAGCUCUCAAGGUCGUUUGAUAUUUGAGUAUCUUGAACGUGAUCUUCCUUACGUCCGUGAACCCUUUGCCGACAAGAUGUCUGACCUUGCCUCUAGAUUUCCCGAGCUGAAGACGCUAAGAAGCUGUGAUUUGCUUCCUUCAAGCUGGUUUUCUGUGGCAUGGUACCCAAUUUACAAAAUACCCACAGGACCGACACUCAAGGAUCUGGAUGCUUGUUUCUUGACCUAUCAUUCCCUUCACACACCCUUUCAAGGUCCAGGCGUUACAACAGGGUCUAUGCAUGUGGUGCAGCCAAGGGAAAGUGUUGAGAAGAUGGAACUGCCUGUCUUUGGUCUCGCCUCAUACAAGUUGAGAGGUUCUGUAUGGACAAGCUUUGGUGGCUCGGGCCACCAGCUCGCGAACUCUCUCUUCCAAGCCGCAGAUAAUUGGCUGAGGUUGCGUCAAGUCAACCAUCCUGAUUUCAUCUUCUUCUGCCGCCGGUAAUGAUAGAUUAUACUAUGAUGACGAAAAAUGAUAUAGGAAGUUAUAAAAAGGAACUCUUUAUGAUUACUGUCUUGAGGAAACCUUACAUAUAGGAUACUGUCAAAAGUUUUUCAUUUGGUAGCUUCUGUAAAUUCACAGAAUGCUAGUUUUCUUAUUGUGUGUAAAACUGUUUUUGCAAUAAAGGCUAAUAGUUGAG